GCGCGUGCGCCUCCCGAGCCGGGACCUGAGCCGCGGCUGCGUCGGAGCCACUCCGGAGGUGUGAAGAAGUGGGCGGAGACUACAGCCCGAGGUCCGCAGCAGCACAGGCACGCGCGCACAGCCGCCCGAGCAGCGUCGCACCAUGGCCAGCACCACCUGCACCCGCUUCACGGACGAGUACCAGCUGUACGAGGAGCUCGGCAAGGGGGCCUUCUCAGUGGUGCGGCGAUGUGUCAAACUCUGCACGGGUCAGGAGUACGCCGCCAAAAUCAUCAACACCAAAAAGCUGUCGGCCAGAGACCAUCAGAAGCUGGAGAGAGAAGCCAGGAUCUGCAGGCUCCUCAAACACCCCAACAUUGUCCGCCUGCACGACAGCAUCUCCGAGGAAGGAUUCCACUAUCUCAUCUUUGACCUAGUGACAGGGGGGGAGCUCUUUGAGGACAUCGUGGCAAGAGAAUACUACAGCGAAGCAGACGCCAGUCACUGUAUCCAUCAGAUACUAGACAGUGUGUCUUACACUCACCAGCAUCAGAUAGUGCACAGAGACCUGAAGCCGGAGAACCUGCUGCUGGCCAGCAAGUGUAAGAACGCCGCCGUAAAACUGGCCGACUUUGGACUCGCCAUUGAGGUCCAGGGAGACCAGCAGGCUUGGUUUGGUUUUGCAGGAACUCCUGGAUAUUUAUCCCCAGAGGUGCUGAGGAAGGAGGCGUACGGCAAACCUGUUGACAUCUGGGCAUGCGGAGUGAUCCUUUACAUCCUUUUGGUUGGGUACCCUCCGUUCUGGGACGAAGACCAGCACAAGCUCUACCAGCAGAUCAAAGCCGGAGCGUACGACUUUCCCUCCCCAGAGUGGGACACGGUGACCCCGGAGGCGAAAAAUCUGAUCAACCAGAUGCUGACUAUCAACCCAGUCAAGAGGAUCACAGCUCAGGAGGCCCUGAAGCACCCAUGGGUCUGCCAACGCUCCACCGUGGCCUCCAUGAUGCACAGGCAGGAGACCGUCGAGUGUCUGAAGAAGUUCAACGCCAGGCGGAAACUGAAGGGAGCCAUUUUGACCACCAUGCUCGUCUCCAGGAAUUUCUCAGUCGGCCGGCAGACCACAGCCCCCGCCUCUGUCAGCGCCGUGGCGGGAACCACCGGCGGCAUCGUGGAGCAAGCAGCCAAGAGUCUCCUCAACAAGAAGGCCGACGUCAAGCCGCAGACAAACAGCACCAGGAACAGCAUAGUGACCAGUCCCAAGGGCAACGUCCCCUCGGCUGCACUGGAGCCUCAGACUACAGUUAUCCAUAAUCCAGCAGAUGGGAUUAAGGGCUCCUCUGACAGCAGCAACACCACGAUUGAGGACGAAGACGUGAAAGCUCGCAAGCAGGAGAUCAUCAAGAUCACGGAGCAGCUGAUCGAAGCGGUGAACAACGGAGACUUUGAGGCCUACGCGAAGAUCUGCGACCCCGGCCUCACCUCGUUUGAACCCGAGGGUCUGGGGAACCUGGUGGAGGGGAUGGACUUCCACCGAUUCUACUUCGACAACCUCCUGUCCAAGAACAGCAAACCCAUCCACACCACCAUCCUCAACCCCCACGUGCACAUGAUCGGGGAGGACGCCGCCUGCAUCGCCUACAUCCGCCUGACGCAGUUCGUGGACGGUCAGGGCCGCCCGCGCUCCAGCCAAUCGGAGGAGACGAGGGUUUGGCACCGCAGGGAAAGCCGGUGGCAGAACGUCCACUUCCACUGCUCGGGCGCCCCGGCGGCGCCGCUGCAGGGCUGAGGAGCAGUAUAAGGAGGAGGAGGAGGAGGAGGAGGAGGAGGCGCAGUGAAGGUUUGGAAAAGUCUGAUCUAAGAGGCGGAGCUUGCGCUGAGAGAGAGGCGCGGGUGGAUGGAUGGAUGGAGGGUGGGUGUACGGAUUUUGGGAUUGCUGUCGCCUGCCCCCGCCCCCCUCCCAGCACUCUGGACACCCACCUGGCUCUUCUCUCUCUGUGGUCGGAGCAGACGCCGGCGCCAGGGCGAGGGAACUCUUUCAGGCGGCGUCUCUCCUUCAGACCUGGUCGACGCUCGUCCGCGGGUCUGCCCCCCCCCGUCAGAUAUAGAGUGUUAGCUCCCUGGUCCCGGUGUUGUUCUGGCUGCGGUUGCUCCUUCAGCUGUUGUUUUCUUAACGGCGGGCAUGAGCCCCCCCUGUGUUCUGAAUGUGAAUAUUCCUGUUUCUCUGCACGACGUUGCUGCGAGUGAGGACGGACGCAGGAAAACCCCGGCGGGCUGUUUUCCCCUCUCUCUGGAGUGUAGCUACCCCUCCCGCCCUCAGACCCCCCAACCAUGCAGCAUGUUCUGAUUCUCUGUGCGAGCUUUGCCGACCCCCCCCCUGCUGACACGGCGGCUGCGGUUUGGUUUCUGUGCUUUCCCAGUUCCUCCUUGCUGGUAUUUACUUGCAUGACAUUCCAGUUUAACGUGUUGCUGAGUUGGAUGUUUUGUGCCGUUGGAUCUCCGUCGUUUCCACGCCGACGCUCUUCUUGUGUUUAUACGAUUACGGUGUAGUGACCAGUUGGGCGGUUUCAUGACCGACUUUUUUUUUUCUUUUUCUUUUGGUGAAUCAGUGGCUUUUCAGACUCCUGUUGUGAUGUUUCAUCUGUAAACUAGAAAACUGCCUGGAUGUCUGCUCUUCUCCAAAGCGAACGCUGAUGUGAAACAAUACAGAGUGGAAGCAGCCGUGUGGCUCUUCGUCCCUUUGCAGAAUGACAUCAUCAUUCAGGACGCCGGCUGACUGGCUGCAGCUCUUCUAGACCAAUCAGCUUACUCAAUAAAUAAAGUCUUAUCAAAACAGCUGGAAGCUUUUAGGGGCGGAGCCUCAAACAGUUGGGGCUUAAAAGAAACCAUUUGCUGUGAUGAAAUUAGGUAUUUCUUUGAGUCCAAAGUGUUUAAUUGACCCAAACAGAGUUUGUCGACAAACAAAGCCAUGCUAAAAGUAAUACCAAGGUUCACAAGCUCCAAAAAGGUUCCCGGCGUGUCUCCGUUUGGUCUAACGGCAAGGAUUUGAUAUAAUUACAAACGUGGGAAUACUAGUUUGAUUCAUUUUUGGGGGUGGGGCUUAAAGGGGGCUUGAUCGUCCCAAAACAAGUCUGCCCCGUGAUGAACCUGUUUGACGGCGCACGGCUGGAACUGAGACGGAGUUUUGAUCACAUCCAGAUAAGGGAUCUCAAAAUAGUCCCCAACAGGUUCUGAGAUCGUUUCCUUUUGUUCUUGUCAGUUUUGAAAGUUGAAAACACUCAUGUGAAACAUUUAGUGACCUUUUAAAAGAAUCUAAUGUGAAGCAGAAGUGCACGGUUCACCUGGAGGCGGGAAAGAAUCGACUAAGAAUAAACAGACAUUCUGUCACCAAA